CAAUCGUCUCUCGGAAGCCAACCGGUGCUCUGGUUUUCCGAUUCCGAUCUUCCGCGACACUCCCCUCUUUCUCUCUCCGGACUCGGUCACCUGCGACAAGCGCGAAGACCAUAAGCCCUAGCAGAACGAGGCUGAAGGCUUCACUUCUUCUCACGAGGAAGCCGAUUGAUGCCAACUUUCCCGUUUGGGAUGCGCCGCCUUCUCUGUGGUUUCUCUCAUCAAAAGUCUGCUGCUCUUUCGUCGCGUGAAGCGGUUGGAAAUUGAAACAAAGAUCGUAUUUUCAGUUGUUGUUUAGGAGACACUGUGAUUCGAUAUGGAUUUGAACUCGGAUGAAGUGGAAUGCCUCGAUGACAACAGGGGCUUGGAUUUUGUUGAAAAAGAGUUGGAAGCUUGUAGGUUUAGCGCAGCCGUGGAUAGGGGUGGGAGUGUGGAAGAGAGAAUCGUGAGGUUGGAAUUGGAGAACCGGAAAUGGAAGAGUGAUUAUGAAGCACUCAAGGACAAAUUCAAGGCACUAGAAGCUGAAAAGCAGGCUAUUGAGUGUGAAGUUGGGGUUUUGAAGCAAGAGAACAGCGAGAUCAAGAAACAAAUUUCAGGUUUCGAAUGCGAUAAAGGUUGUAAAAGUGGUGACACUAACGGUGCAGGGGUCAAGAAGUUUGUUGACUUGAUAGAGGAGCAAGAAGAAGAAGAUAAGGUUCUCCAGCUUAUGAUUGAGAACAGGGUUCUUGAAUGUGAGAAGAACAAGGCUGAAAGAGAUCUGGAGGUUUUGAGACAAAGCCUCCAGGAACUGGAGUCACGGGUUUUACAGAUGGAGGCUAACUCUAACUCCGUGGCGCAAGCUGGGCACCACCUUCUCAAUGGAAGCAAAAUUCGAGUUGAAUUUCCUAAUGAACUCGCAGAAGGUGUGAGCAGAAGAAAGGAAAUGGACCAUCUCAAGGAGUCAUGUGGUGGACAUUGGGAUGCACGGAUGGUGGAUUUGGUUGAUGUAGGCUUUGGUUGCGAAACAUGUGGUAAUCCUCCAAACUUUACAAUGCAAAUUAACUCAUGUGAUGAUAAAGGCGAAAAAGAAGUUGCAUGCCUACAAUACGGCAGGAGAGCUAGGAAAAAGUUACUAUUCAAAGAGGAGGAAAGCCCUGGCAGAAAAAUGGCCCCAUCUACGCCUGGAGUUGCCAAACCCCACACUGUUGGCAUUAUUGACAUCCAUGAUAGUGAUGAAGAAGAAGAUAAAGCUCACGACGAAACAUGUGCUCUCGACAAUCAGGAAAAUUCAAAGGGUUUGGAUGUAGAUUACCGCUCAUGUAAGGGGAUUCUAGAGGGUGGGAAAGCAAUGACUAUUGAGAACAGUGCAAGGACCUGUCAUGAAGAGGACUACCAUGACAGUAUUGCCGGUGAUGAAGAUAACUCCACUGUGCUGACUCCAAAAAGGAAACGGGCUUUUAAUGUUAUUGAGACUGAUAGUGAGAGUGGUGACGAUGAUUGUGUUCCAAUAGGUAGGCUAAAGAGGAUGCAUCUUCAGGAAUUAUAUAAACCCGGUGACACCACUUCUGAAAUGAAUCAGUGCCAAACAGCUAAUGCUUCUCCAGGUAACCACGUCAAACAUGCUCAGACCCCCAUGAGGCAGCGCCUAAUGACAUUGAGGAAUCGUGAGGCUAAAGCGAAGGCAAAACAAAAAUCAUCCAGCGGAGUUCAGCAUCAUCAUGUAGGCCCUACCACCGAAGAUGCUGAGACUGAGGAUUCUGAAGAUUUUGGAUUGGACAGUGAUAACGACAGCUUGAGCAACUUUAUAGUUGAUGAUUCUGAUGCUUCUGAUGGGGAUGAUGCUUCUGGUCAGUCAGAAGACACAUCUGAUGGUGAAACUGACUUUGGCGAGAUUUUAUCGAGAAUUAAAAGAAGCAAAGAUCAUAAGUCUGAGUGGAAAUUUGAGGCAGACAUGCUUGCAGCAUUUGCUAAGGAACCUGAAUUAUGCAUGAAAGCUGUAUGUGCUCUCUAUCGACAGCAAACUGCUGAUGAGAGAAUUAGUAAGGAAGCAUUACACAGCAAUCAACGUGGGUUUAGCAAGUUUGAUGCACGCAGGGGCUGCGCUUUGGGUGAGUUCCUUACCGACGGAGAUCCAUCUGGUGGCCUAACGAAGUCUGUUGAGGAGUUAGAGGAGCAUGACCCUGCAGCAUUAGAUCUCUGCCGAAAAUUGGCUGAUCACUACUCUAAACAGCUGUUUCAGAUCUACAAGAACAAUGAGGACCCUUUUUUCUUUCCUUCUUGAAGCCUGUUCCAAUGCCAAUGACGAAGUUGGAGGACAUUUUGCCGUUCGGACAAAGAUUUUCCCAACUCUUUUAGCUUUUGAGUCAAACCGCAGUGCAAGUCUUGGGGAAAUUAGACGGAUAUGCAUAAGUUAGAUAUUUGCUUUAAAAAGCAUAGGGGCUGUAUAUAUGCUAUGUCAUGUAUAUGCGGAAUUUGACGGAAUGUAUGUAUUGAUGGCGUAUAUAUGCACUUUGCUGCUUCACAUAAGAUCAAAUUUCUGAAUGAUUCUCGUCCAGCGAUUAGUUGCA